AUGAGGACUGCGGCAAGUCCUGGCAUUAUGCCCAGGCUCACCGCAGGUGCCGCAGCGUGUGCGGACCAAGUCUGGCACAGCAGCAACGACUGCCCCAAGCAGCAGAAGUCCUCCGUGAUCCCAGCGAGCCCGGCUUCCUCAAGGACGCCCCUCCGAACCCUCUCUUUUCACAGUCAGCCGCGGGGGAUUCCAUUGCUCGUCGUCGGGGCUGGCUCAGACACGCCAGGCACAGCCCUCCUUGGGACAAACGGCAGUUGCCCCGUCUUUGUCCCUCCUCUGGAGCUGCCAGGAGAACUUCUCCUUGAUGGCCCAGUCGUCCAGGGCGCAGGACCAAGCGUCCAAGUCGAGGAACUCGCUACUGUUGACAGGGGCAGCGAGUUCGGCUAG